UGUAUCUGAUUCCGUAAAACAUAGUGAAAUUUCUUCAUCUUAGCCUAAAUUUUGGUGAACUAGGUAAAUCUUGUGCCUCUAAGUAAUAACUUUAUUCUAUUCAGUCUUUCGUUGGAUCUCAAUGUUUUGUUAUGGCCCCCAACAGGAAUAGUAAACUAGACUAAAUUCAUCCCAUAUUAAUACCACACUAGGCCUUCCUCUUUUAAUUCACCAAAACCUGUAUUCCCUUUUCAUGAUGGAGCAAACUUUCUCCCUUGUAUCUGUUACAUUUAUAUUGUUGGUGCACUACUACUCCUCCUCUCUAAUGGCUAAUUGCUUGGCUGUGAGUACUAAGAGUAUUGCACCCAACAUCACCACUGAUCAAUCUGCGCUUCUUGCCCUAAAAUCCCACAUCACCUACGACCCUCACGAGAUGUUGGCCAACAAUUGGACCAUCUCAACCUCCCCUUGCAACUGGAUUGGUGUCCGUUGCAGCACUCGCCACCACCGAGUUGCAGCCUUGGACCUUUCUAACAUGGGCCUAAGAGGCACCAUCCCUCCACACAUAGGAAACCUCUCAUUUCUAACCUUCCUAUACCUCAGACAAAACAGUUUCCAUGGUGAUAUCCCUAAAGAGAUAGGUCAUUUGCAUAGACUAAAAGUCCUCCGAUUCUCUUCCAACGACUUUACAGGAAACCUUCCUACAGAAAUUGGCAAGCUUGUUAACCUAGUGGAUUUGGUCGUGCAGUCCAACCGGCUUUCAGGCUCGAUACCUAACUCCAUCUUCAACAUCUCCUCGCUGGAAAAUAUUGCUUUCACCAAUAAUAACCUGUCGGGUAAUAUUCCGGAGGAUAUGUGCUACCGUGUUCCAAAACUCUAUGGGCUUUAUUUGUCCAGUAACCAGUUUGAUGGCCAAAUUCCUUCCACUUUAUAUGAAUGCUCUGAACUUCAAAUCUUGUCAUUGUCAUCUAACAAAUUCAGUGGAGCAAUAUCAAGCGAGAUUGGGAACUUAACCAUGUUGAAAGAGUUAUAUGUUGGCGUAAACAACUUGAAAGGUAAAAUUCCACAACAGCUGGGAAAUCUUCGUAAUUUGGAGGUACUUGUUAUUGUGAGCGCUGGCCUUACUGGUACCAUACCAUCGGGUAUCUUUAACCUUUCAUCUUUGAAAGUGCUUGAUCUCCAAAGAAAUAACUUUAUUGGUAGUCUACCAAGGGGGAUGAGCUGGCAUCUUCCUAUGCUUGAGGAAGUUUAUCUUCAAGAAAAUGAACUGUAUGGAAGCAUUCCCAGAGAAAUUGGAAACUUUACUACAUUGGUUAUAUUAUCUCUAAGCCAGAACAGUUUCACAGGUGCAAUACCACAAGAGAUUGGAAACCUUUGGGACCUAGAGUUUUUAGGUUUACAUUUGAAUAACUUAAAAGGUCCAAUUCCAGAAACAAUUUUCAAUAUGUCGAAACUACGAAUCAUUGGAUAUGCGAAAAAUCAACUUUCAGGCAAACUUCCUUCAAGUAUUAGGUUAGCCAAUCUUGAAGAAUUUUACCUUGGUGGAAAUAACCUCAACGGAAUUAUCCCUCACUCAAUUUCAAAUCUUUCCAAACUUGUUGUUUUAGAACUUGCCGCCAACAAUUUUGGUCAUUCAAUUCCAAACUCACUUGGUAACUUGAGACAACUCGAAAUUCUAAACCUACAAGAAAACAAUUUCAUCAGUGAAUCUUCAAACCAAGAAUUGAGCUUUAUUACUGCCUUGACAAAUUGCAAACACUUGCGAAUAUUGUGGAUAAAUAAGAAUCCUCUUCAUGGCAUCCUUCCAAUUACCAUUGGGAAUCUAUCCUCGCUUCAAGAUUUUUGGGCAAGUGAUUGUGAAAUUAAGGGCAACAUUCCCAACCAUAUUGGUAACUUGAGCAAUUUGGCUGUAUUGCGUCUAUAUGGUAAUGGCUUCAAUGGGUCUAUUCCAACGACAAUGAAAGAGUUGCGAAGACUUCAAGUUUUACGUCUUGGAAUCAACAUGAUACACGGGCUAAUUCCAAAUGAUCUCUGCCACUUACAUAACUUGGGUUCAUUAGCUCUGAAUGAAAAUGAACUUUUUGGUCCAAUUCCAACUUGCUUAGGGAAUGUUACAUCUCUAAGAGAACUUUUUCUGGGUUCCAACAAAUUAACCUCCACAAUACCCAAAAAUCUGUUCACCCUCAAAGAUAUUUUGUAUUUGAACUUGUCCUCAAAUUCUUUAAGUGGCUAUCUUCCCUCGGAGAUAGAAACUUUAAAGGUCGUAAUACAAAUAGAUCUAUCAUUGAACGGAUUCUCAGGUAAUAUCCCUAACACAAUUGGAAAUUUGCAAAGCUUAAUCAGUCUUUCUUUGGCACAUAAUAGACUACAAGGACCUAUUUCUGAGUCAUUUAGACACUUGAUAAGCUUGGAAUCUUUAGAUCUAUCUUACAACAAUCUCUCAGGUGUAAUUCCAAAGUCAAUGGAAUCACUCGUGCAUCUUCGACAUUUCAAUGCAUCUUUUAAUAGAUUAAGAGGAGAAAUUCCCGGAGGACCAUUUUCAAACUUCACAAAUCAAUCCUUUAUGUCAAAUGAAGCACUAUGUGGUGCUCCGCAAUUGCAAAUCCCACCAUGCCCUUCAAGCUCUCUUCAUGGAUCAAGGACAAAAAGAGUGCUUCUAUUUGUUUACAUUUUGUUGCCAAUUGCUCUAAUUGCCUUGACCUUCACAUUUGUUUCAAGAAGAUGCCGAACGAGAAAUAGAACUUCAAUUGAAACGGAGUUGUUACCCACUAUAGCACAUAGAAGAUUUUCAUACCAAGAACUUCUACGUGCUACUAAUGGUUUUAGUGACAGUAACUUGCUUGGAACAGGAUGUUUUGGUUUUGUUUAUAAAGGGACAAUUACAGAUGGGACCAUUUUGGCGAUCAAGGUAUUCAAUUUGCAACUAGAAGGUGCAUCCACGAGUUUUGAUACGGAAUGUGAAAUGUUGCGCAACAUUCGUCAUAGAAAUCUCAUCAAAGUUAUCAGUAGUUGCUCCAACCUAGAUUUCAGAGCCUUGGUACUCCAAUACAUGCCUAAUGGGAGUCUUGAAAAGUGGUUGUAUUCUCAUAACUAUUUCUUAGAUAUCUUGCAGAGAUUAAACAUAAUGAUAGAUAUAGCGAGUGCGUUGGACUAUCUCCACCAUGGUAAUUCAAUACCAUUGGUUCAUUGUGAUUUGAAGCCAAAUAAUGUCCUGCUCGAUGAAGAUAUGGUCGCACAUGUUAGUGAUUUUGGAAUUGCAAAGUUCUUGAAUGAGAGGGAGAGUAUUGAGCACACCAACACCCUAGCUACUUUGGGAUAUAUAGCACCAGAGUAUGGAUUGGAAGGACUAGUAUCCACAAGGUCCGAUGUUUACAGUUACGGUAUUAUGUUAAUGGAGAUGUUUACAAGGACUAAGCCCACUAAUGAUGUGUUUGCUGGAGAUUUGAGCUUGAAGUUAUGGGUAAGUGAAUCACUACCUAAUGCAAUAAUUCAAGUUGUAGAUGCUAACUUGCUCAAGCCAGAGGAAGGACAAAUCAAUGCAAAGGUGCAUUGUGUAUCAGCCAUUAUGCAAUUGGCUCUGAAUUGUUGUGCAGAAUUACCACGGGAGAGGAUCAACAUGGAAGAAGCCCUUGCAGCACUAAAGAAUAUUAGACAUAAUUUUCUUGCAAGCCGUGAAAUGCAAGAAUGAUGAAGGAUAUGUUUUAUGUUAUUUCUAGUGGUGUAUAUGAAAUUGAGACAAUUAUAAGUUUGUAGCAUGAUUUUAUAGCAACAGAUAUCAUUCCUUUGAAAGAUGGAACUAGUUGUAGCUCGUAUUGCUCCAUGAUAUUGGAAUUAUAUCUCAAAGGAACAUAUAUGUUGUAUAUAUAUAUAUAAAGGGAUAUAUAUUAU